AUGUCGUACGUAUAUCGUUGUUUUUUUAUUUUAUUAUUUGUUCCAUAUGUAAAAACAUGUGCCAAUUUUACUGUUCAAAAUUGUAUUGAUAUUCCAUUUGGAUUUCAAUCUAUAUCAACUAUGAAAUGUAUACAACUAGUUCCUACUCAAUUUAAUAUGCUAACCAAUUAUUCGAUACAAAAUUAUAUCGUAAAACAAAGUACGACAAAAUGUUAUGAUAUUAUUUUAUUAGAUUCUUCACCAAAAACUCUUAUUUCCAACGAAUGUACUGAUCGAUGUUCUGAAAAAUAUUGUACUCUUUUUAGUAAUCAACCAAAUACAUCGAUUAUUAAUAUAUUCUAUUCAGAAUCAUCUACAUAUGGAUUAAUUAAUUCUACAACAAAUUAUAUGCUAUCUUAUGAUUAUUUCUUAUUCGAUGCUUGUCCUUCAGGCGAUUCUAAGCCUUUACUUAUUAUUGUUUAUGUACUUGCUGGAGUUAUUGGUGUACUGACAAUAGGAGUUAUUAUUAAAUAUGCACUUAGUUAUAGAAUGAAAAAAAAUCCUGACGCACAGCCAUAUAAUUGGCGUUGGCUUCUAGCUUGGUUUUUAUGUCGCGAAAAGUCAGAAAAUACACAAAGCAACGUGCCAGAAAACGAAAUUAAACCGUAUACAAUAGAAUUUGGUGAUCAACCAAAUAUACAUACUACUCAAUUGGACUUAUCAAGUAAUUCUGGUAUAUCAACUCAACAAGCUAUGAUGUCUAGUAAUAGUCCAUAUAAUAGUCGCCAACGACAAAAUCAUAGACAAGGUCAUAGUAGUGGAAACAAUUCUGAUCCACGUUCUUUUGGUGUGUCAUCUCAAUCUAAUGGUACAGUUAUAGAUGUAUCAUCGGGUGGAGUAUAUUAUCCUGAAGAUUCAGAUGUUCAAAGUAAUAUUUCAUCGGAAGUAGUCGAAGAUCAUCCCCAAGAAUUAUCAGUUUCAUCUAUAGUUGAGAGACUAUCAUCUAAAGCUAGUAAUGCUUUAUCUUCCUUACGUGGAUAUGUAUCACUAGAAUAUCCAAUCAUUAGACUUUAG